AAAAGGUACCUCGCGUUUCACCAACCGCUCCUCUCCCUCUCUCUCUUAUAAUCAGAGACCGAAGGAACCAAACCAAUUAGCGCAAACGAGGCCUUCAAAUCUCUCCCUCUCCUCUCAUACCCCCAUAUAUCUUUCGCUCAAAUCAAAACCUAUAAAAGAAAUCUGUUUUCGAAAUCUUCCCUCUAAUUUCUCCCCUGCUUGUCAAUUUGCAAUAAUUUUCUACUUCGAUCGGGCUAAAUCAACCUAAAUUGUAUCAGUGGUCAAAGACUGAAUUUUUUUUUUUGCAUAGAUCUGAGUUUUGAUUCAUCUUUGUAGUUUAAAGAAAACCCAAAUCGUUGUUAUUUUAAAAGAUAAUAGUUCGGUUGAAUUAGGUGAGAUCGAGGUAUUUAGCUGUGAGAAUUAUUGAAAAAAGGGUUGGGGAGGGGGAUUUUUAGGGGUUUUUGGGCUGUUAAGGAACAAAAGAGGAGAAAAUGGCAGAGCAAGGAGGCUUGGAAGGUAGCCAGCCUGUGGAUCUUUCCAAGCACCCUUCUGGCAUUGUUCCUACUCUUCAGAACAUUGUAUCAACAGUGAACUUAGAUUGUAAGCUGGAUCUUAAGCAAAUUGCAUUGCAAGCACGUAAUGCAGAAUAUAACCCAAAGCGUUUUGCUGCUGUCAUUAUGAGAAUUAGGGAACCAAAAACUACUGCAUUGAUUUUUGCCUCUGGGAAGAUGGUGUGUACGGGUGCAAAAAGUGAACAGCAGUCAAAAUUGGCAGCAAGGAAGUAUGCUCGAAUUAUCCAAAAGCUUGGGUUUCCUGCCAAGUUCAAGGAUUUCAAGAUUCAGAAUAUUGUUGGCUCCUGUGACGUGAAGUUCCCUAUCAGACUUGAAGGUCUGGCAUACUCUCAUGGUGCUUUCUCAAGUUAUGAACCUGAGCUCUUUCCAGGCCUAAUUUAUCGCAUGAAACAGCCGAAGAUUGUGCUGCUUAUUUUUGUCUCAGGGAAAAUUGUGAUUACAGGAGCGAAGGUAAGGGAUGAGACAUACACAGCCUUUGAGAAUAUAUACCCUGUCCUUACUGAGUUCAGGAAGGUCCAACAAUGGUAUUUGCCCCUCACCAUCUCCGCUUCAUGAUUAUGUAUUUUGGGUAGAAUUUAUAUGCCCAAUUUUUACUGUUACUUUUUCCCUGUUCUAUUGCAGAUGCACAUUUCGUUGGGGAAUUGAGUGUUGCUGUUGAUGGCUAUGGUUGAGGUGGGAAAAGUGUGCAUAUGUGGAGUGGUUUUGGCAGCCAUGGCUUAUAGGCUGUGGAUCUGUUCCUGUGGUCUUUUUACCCUGUGGUAUGAAUUGGGGGUCUAUUUCCCUCCCCAAAUGACAGGGUUAAUAAACUCUGUAAUUUGUAACUAGUGAAUUCGAUCUGGAGUUGUUAGGGGAGGAGAAGAUGAAGAUGCUCAAGAACAUGUUUUGUUUUAAUCUUUAACAAAGUUAAUAUCACAGACGUAAUUUCAAUUUUGGCUGGAAA